UCAAUCAUUAAAUUCAACAUGGCUUGUUAGUGGAGCAAUCAGUUAUGACUUGUUUGUUGUUUUAAACAAUAAGAUACCAAAUAUAAAUUAUUGAUUUAUGUGAUUAUAAUUCCGAUUUUAUUUUAUUUCAUCAAUGGCUUUCAGUUUAGUGUAUUGACUUCGUUUUUUACGUUACCGCUCCGCGCAGGUGAGGUGUUAUGCUUAUACGAAAUUGGAAAAAGAUGAAUGAAUAAAGAUACCUGGAUAAUUUAUACUACAACAAUGAACGGAUAUUAUUUUCUCGUGGUUUUGAAGUAAUAAUGCUGAAUUCAAUAUGAAGGAGAUGGUAGGAGGAUGCUGCGUAUGCUCUGACGAGCGUGGUUGGCCUGACAACCCGCUAGUCUAUUGUGACGGAAAUGGGUGCACGGUUGCAGUCCAUCAAGCCUGCUAUGGGAUAAUUGCAGUUCCCACAGGACCCUGGUUCUGCAGGAAGUGUGAGAGUCCCGAGACUAAAGGCAAAGUCAGAUGUGAGCUUUGUCCAUCGAAGUCGGGUGCUCUGAAGAGGACAGACACCGGUGGAUGGGCUCAUGUUGUUUGCGCUCUGUACAUACCCGAAGUGAGAUUUGGCAAUGUAACAUCUAUGGAGCCAAUUGUGUUGCGACUUAUACCCCCAGAACGGUAUAACAAGACUUGCUACAUCUGUCAAGAUUUGGGCAAAACGCAUCGCGCCAAUGCUGGUGCUUGCAUGCAGUGCAACAAAUCUGGAUGUCGCCAGCAGUUCCACGUGACUUGCGCCCAGGCGCUCGGUCUCUUGUGCGAGGAGGCUGGUAACUAUCUGGACAACGUGAAGUACUGCGGAUAUUGCCAGCAUCAUUACAGCAAACUGAAAAAGGGCGGUAAUGUGAAGACCAUACCGCCGUACAAGCCGGUGUCGCACGACAGCCAGUCGAGCGACUCGAGCGGCGAGAAAGAGGGCGACGCUUCGCCUAUGGCCACUGGUAGCGGCACUCCCACGCACACCGCCAAGUCGAAAGGGCCCGGACGGAAAACAUCCCACUCAACGUCGGCCUCUAACAAGGGGACACCGGGCUCCGGCAAAACUCCCUCGCACUCCUCCCAGUCACAGGACAAGAAGAAGCCAUCUCCGAACCGCCGAGGCUCUUCUACCGGCGAGAUGGGAGGCGGCAGCAAGACCAACACCCCGGCCCCUUCGCCCCAGCACACCACUGAUAUUCAGGGGCAAAAAGAAGUCGGUGCGAAGAGCAAGACCAGUACCCCUGCUCCGUCGCCUCAGCGCACUCCAGAACCUGUGCAGGAGCAAACUAAAGCCUCGGGUAGUACGACACCAGGCGGUACGAAGGUGCCGGCGCCUGCCGCGUCGCCAACUGCGAAGCCGGUGGAGCCGGUCGGAGUGAUCAGCUCGGUUGCGUCCGCGACAGCGACGGCUGCAACUGCGGCUACUAUCACCCCGCCGCCCACAAGCGCUUCCUCUGCGACAUCGGUGGUGCAAGUGGCGACGUCGAAGCCGACCUCCUACCCAGAGUCGGUCAUUACCAACACCGAUGCGGUCGAGACCAAACAGACCAAGAAGCGCAAGGCCAUGUCGGCCGCCAACACGCCGACACCGACCGACUUCACGCCGACACCGCCGCCGCAAAUCCCACCGCCGCCGCCUCCACUAUCCGAGACUAGCACUCAAAAUUCAAGCGGCUCUUGGGACAGCGGCCAAACAACAAACGAGCCACACAUUGAUAUGGAGAAAGUGAUCAAAAAGGCUAAAAUGGAGGGUCCGGACGCAAUACCGGCUCCGAUGCACUUCUCAAGUAUCAGCCAGGGGCCGCCCCCGCCCGCUCACAGCCCGGCGUCGCAGCCCAGCCCUAGGCAUCUUCCGAGCCCCAUGCCGGGGCCGAGCGGGAUGGGCCAAAUGACAACCAUACGUUCGCCAUCGCACAUGCAGGGCGCGAAGGACCGCGACGUGCCCGCUUCGCUACUUGUGUCGGUGCCUUUGCCGUCGACCAGCCACGGCCUGCACUUCACACACCAUCCCCAGAUGGCCGGCCCAUCCGAUCUGGCGGGCCCUUCAAUGCUGUAUCUUCAAGCGCAGAAACAAGCCGCGAUGGAGCAGAACGUUCCCGGCCACUCCCCACUGAUGCCCGGCAGAAGCACCUGGCCCGGCCUGAACGUCGCCUACGAAAUGCAAGAUCCGAGCAAAACUGGCUUGCCAGUAGCCAGCAAGGACCCAUUGGGCUCAGGUCUCGGCCAAAUGCCGGCGGUACACCGUAACAAGAAGAGGGCCAUAGCUCACACCGCUACUUCCGUGGUUGCUAUGACCAACCCCCCGCCGCAGACCACUUUGCAAGUCCAAAACCUGGCCAGUGUGCGUAGGGCUCCGAUGCCGACCCCGCCGCCAAUGUACCACGAACCUAACAUAAAGGAGUCUCCACCUAGUUCUCCAGGACUAGAUCGUCCCCUGAAACCAAAGUAUGAGAAUAAAAUGAGCGGCGGUUGCAGCGCGCCGCACAUGCUGGGCAACGAGCUGAACCCGGAGAGCGGUGCGGCGGCGCGGCUGCAGGAGCAGCUGAGCGCGGAGCUGGCGGCGCACGCGGCGGGCACCGGCGGGCCCGAGCCGCUCGUGCCGCCGCCGCUCAUCAACAAGGCGGCGCCGUUGCUCGGUGCGAGCUCAAUCCGCGGCGGUUCAAGCGCGCAGAGCCUCGACCAGCUGCUCGAGCGGCAGUGGGAGCAGGGAUCCCAGUUCCUGAUGGAGCAGGCGCAGCACUUCGACAUUGCCUCGUUGCUGUCCUGUCUGCACCAACUCCGAACAGAGAAUGUACGUUUAGAAGAACAUGUUGGCAAUUUGCUUCAGCGGCGUGACCACUUAUUGGCUGUCAAUGCCCGUCUCGCAAUACCGCUCACCGCCGUGACCCCAGGUCCUCCGGAGCCCCCUCGAUGCCCACGCGAGGGCACUUCGCAAGUUAGGCCUCCGCCCCCGCCGCCAGUGCGAGCACCUGAAAACAUGAACGCUGAACGUCAACACCAGUCGCUUGCCAUGGAGCAACUUAACCGUUACUUUUGAACGCGUGAUAAGUAAUGGAGACUUAUUUGACCGUAGCUGAUAAUGCGCGAGGUACCGCCGAAGCCGCCCAGCUGAAAUGAGCCGGGCGGGCCAGCCGGGCCCAGCCGACCGGACCCGCUGCGGACCGUGCAGGCCUUCAUCAACUCGGAGCAGCAGCAGCGCCGCCGCCCCGACUUCUCCAUCGAGUCCAUUCUCAAGUACGACUAGACGCGCGGCCUGCUGCGCCCCGGCCCCAGCGCCCCCGCGCCCUGCGCCCUGCGCCCUGCGCCCGCGCCCGCGCGCAUUGCUCCCGCGCCCCCUGCGCCCCCGCGCUCCGGUCUAGCCCAAUUGUAGCUUAGGUGUAAUUGUGUUGUAAAUAAAGUGUGAUGGACGAGGAGUGGAUCCAAGAAUAAGACUGAGAGUUUAACCGAAACAGGGUCUAAAUUAAUGAAUUUAGACUAUCCGCGAGCGCGCCUCGUGCGCUGUGAGGGUUUUAGUCAGAGCAUGGCGACUGUGCACAUUUGAUUGCAAAUUAUGGAGAUGGUUAUCGUUUACACCGCACGUACAAAGCUUGGCCACUUGACGUAAAGACGUUUCACCGAACGGGAUGCAUUGUUCGAUUAGUUUGAUGUUUUGUGCAAAUAUAACCGAUAGCAAAUGUGAACAUUCUGUAUCAUAAUGUGGUACUUACUAUUGUGUCAACUUAAAUGUCUGUAUUGUAUCGUAACGUUAGAGAAAUGUUUAAACAGUUUUAAUGGUACUCGGUGUUUAGUAGAUAAGUUAUGUGUGUUUCGGUUUCCAUGCUUUAUGUUUUUAAUUAGUACGAGUUAUUUAAAUGUCUAUGCAAUGAUAAAUUAUAUAAUUUGUUAUACCUGUGCGAAAUAUUUUGUGGACCUGAAUUUUACUACUUUCUGACGAUAUAUAAAAAUUUAGAUAAUUGAAUUAAAUGUUAAUGAUAAUUUUAACUUGGUGUUUUUGUGUCUAUUAAUGAAAUCAGAUUAUGAAUGUUUAAGUGUGUGUUCUAUACCGAUAUUCAAUAGGCCGUUUAAGUGUUGUAGUGUGCAUAAUGUUAGCUAAGAGUUUCCUUUCAUUUAGCUAUUUCCAAAAAAAAAAAUAGAUGGUUAAAUUGUAAAUCUAAGAUCUAUGUAAGGUAUAUGGAUGUUAUAUUAUAUACAGAUUAGACCUUUAAUCAUCUCAUUAAGUAUAUUCGAAUUCAUGUCUAUUUAUUGCUGUAACAUCAAUGUGUGUAAUUCAAUAUUUUUGUAUAGAAAUAAAUAUCUAUGUUACAUUAGCACUUAAUUAUUACGAAUAUUAUGGUCGUUGUGUUUUAAAAUUACUUGGUGUAAAUAGUAUAUUAGUGUAAGGUUAGAUAGAGACUCAGUGUAUCGGCUACUUGCCCCGUGGGUGUUUUAAUGGAUUUUUACGAUCCCUUAGAUUAUGUAUGUUUAGAAAAAUUAAAGUCUUCAUAUUUGUCACUACGUUUGCGGUAAUUAAAUUUUUGCAAUGUAAGAGAGUCCCUUCAUGUUAUCGAUCGCGCUCCCACUUUCCCUAUAUUUUUUUUCAAAAAAAACUUCAUCUCUUCUUAUUCAAAUUAUCUUACUUUUGUAAUUAUAUUAUCUUCUGAUCAACGCGCUAACAAAUCGUUUGAGUUACUGAUUGCUUGAGUUCACCGUUUCAUAUGAACGCACACUCACCCACUUUUAAUCCUAAUAGAAAACUUUUUAUGACAUAAAAGAGACGGAAAAGGGUCUAACCAUAUUUUGUAUCAUCUAUAAAAUUGUUUAUGUAAGCGUCACAUAGGGAAACGAUGGGAAAGUAACAGGGAUCUAUUUAAGAUGAUUGGCCCUUAGUUUGCGCGGGCGCAUUGAGAUGCUCAUAUUAUGUAUAAUUUCCCUUUUUAAUAUAUUUUAUAAGCUCUGUGGGAGUAACGAAUUUUUAAUUAUUAUUAUUUCCCUAUUAACACUAACUUUUACCAAAAUCCGUCCGAUUGAUUUUAUUAAUUUGAUAUAUUGACCACGUUAUACAAAACGAAGAAUACAUUUUAAAUUAAUUGUACAUAAUAUUAUUUCCCACGGAGCUGUAUUUCUGGAUUGUAUACAUAUAGUAUAGCCAUUUUUAUUGACUAAUAAGAUAAUGUUCGUUUUAAAACUUUUUUAUCUAAAUUAUUGCAUAUGUAUAUUUUAAAUGACUUCACACAGUAAUUAUUGGGAUCUGUUAGAUUUUACUUUGAUGUAUUUGUAUAUUGCUCCAUUUUACCAUUUCUGUGUAUUGAAAUAUAGUGCUGAAAUAUCUUCUUGGAAUCAAUAGCUAGCGACAAUGUUUCGUAUAAUAAAGGCUACCUGGCACAAUAAAUAGAUAGUUGCAGAUAAAUACUUUCCUAAGUUAGCAUAAUUUCACGACGUACAGAUCCCAAACGACAUUCUCUUAUUUUAUAUUCAUCUAAGUGACGUAGAUUGCAUCGAGCUUGCACAAAUAUAUUUUUGUAAAUACAUACUUAUAAAUUUCAUUGCAUUUAAUGUUUCCAAAACGACCGGUCGAAGUGUAUUUUAUUGUUAUUAUUAAUUAUUUUAAGUAUUGACUUUUAAAAUUAUUGAAUUUUGACAUUUUUUUAUGCUAUUUGUUAAAUAAUUUAAUGAUGCCGAUAGCAACAGCUAUUCGUAUAUGUUUUAACGUCAUUAUUUUUUUACAUGUAAUAUACAUUAUUAUAUAGUUGAGACACGGACGAAAUAUAAAAAAUGUAUUUAAAAUUUUAAUGUUUCUGCACUCGGCUGGUUUAGAUAUAGAUAAAUUAUUUGUCAAUUGUCAAAUGUACCAUUAUCCCUAAAUAAAGAUAUUCAAUAAAGUAUGA